AUGAGUCGUCCACUACCUGGAUUUUACUACGAUGAAGAACGAAAUCGUUACUUUCCUAUAACUACUUCAGGCCCAGGUCCACAUCCACAAGAUAAAGGCAAAUAUAAGAAAUUAAAAACAGAGAAUAAUAAAGACUUAAAAAAACUGGAAGAUGAAUAUAUAAGUGCUGGUGAAAAAAUAAUUUCACAUCAAUCCGAUCCAUUUACUAGACUUUAUUCAAGUACAUCUAUCACUAUUCCUAGAGCUCUUGCAUCCCCAUCAUCUAAGUUCAGACAAAAAUAUCAUAAUGAGAGGGCAUUUGAUAACAUUAAAAUACAAAAAUUUAGAUUCAAUGAAUUGCAUACUACUGAAAAGUUAAUCCAAAAUAAAUCAGUUUAUAUUGAUAAUGAAAUUUAUUUUACCACGACUUUUGGUAGAAUUGUAAAAUGUUCAAAAUCUGAUAAACACAAUAUAUCACUGGUUUCAGUGUUUGAUAGUUAUCCAGGCCAACGGAAAUUUUUCGAGUGUACUAGAAUUGAAUACUGUGACAGAAAGAUCUUCGUUCAUUUUCAGAAGUUUGGAUCAAAUUAUCAUGAGUUCCUUUUACUGGCAAAUUUAAAUGGCAUAGAAUUGGAAAUAAUAAAUAGAAGGACACUUGUAUCCCCAAAUGGUUCUCAUAUCUUUGACUCCACCCUGAUCAAUAACAAUAUCAUAGUUACAUCAAAAAAUAAAUUGAAUAUGUAUGCUUGGGACUCAGAAAAUGCGAAGAGGACAAUAAGCAUUGACACUUCAAAGAAUCCAUCCGAUAUUUUAUCUAUAGCGAAGUCAUCCAAUAGUAAAGGUUGUACUAAAAUUUAUUGCAGUACUCGUAGUGGAUUAAUUGUUUCAGUUGAUUUAAUGAACAAGGAUACCAUACGGAAUAAGACGGAUAAGUUAAUCAUCUAUAAUAUUCCUGAUAUAAAAUCUGUCAUUUCUAUCAAAUCGGGUGAUAAUAAUGGUAUUCUAUAUGCAUCAGUUAUUGAAAAAACUCCAGGCUCGAAAAUGAAUACUGAAAUAAGAAAUAAGAUCGUUGUUAUAGAUUUGAUCAAUAUUAAAUCUCAUACCAAAGGGAUAUGUGAGCCUGCUACUUAUGUUAAAUUAGAAACAAAUUUUUCCAACUUUGCAAGGGGAACCGGAAAUAUUUAA